CUCCUAGAAGUCUGCGAAGAAGGCUACUUCUGAAGCUCUGGGUGUCCCGCCUGACUUCCGUGUGUCAGCGGGGCACUAUUCAUAGCGCUCCGUUUGCAAACAUGUUUUGGUCUACUAGAUCUAGUCACGUGUUUGGAAAGGGAAAGAGGAUGGAAAUGGGAGCUCAGAAAGCAGCAACACUGCCCGUGCUGGGCCUGGCCCUGACUCUAAUGUCUCCAGUUGCUGAGGCAAAGACCAUUCCGCAAGGCGGCGCUUCAGUGGUAGGAGGGGAACUUUCGGUGGAGAGUUCGUAUGAGCGAACACAAGGACGUGAGUGGACUACAAACCCGGAAAGGUUGGCCAGCCAUUUUUCCAGCCCAUAUGCUGAGCCAAUGGACGACCAACAAGAGGGAAAACCACCGAUCCAGGCUUGUGACGGAGGUGUGCGCCUGAGUACUGCUGUAGGGACGGUGGCGGCCGCUGCUGUGGGGGGACUGGCGGCAGGAGUGGCCCUGGCCAUGCUGGUGUGCAGACCCGCCAAACAACGCCAUGGCUCCGCAGCUCCAAACAAAAACAUAGCUCCAAAAGUAGAAUACUAUUACUGCUAUAACCGUUAUAACGUUUCCGGUUAAGUCUUUUAUUCUGUGUCAGCGAACUCGUAAGGGCUAACUCUGUCAAUGAUCACUAUACGCAUUUUAUUCAUUGGUCCGAUGACAAAUAUCGUUUAUCCUGAUAGGCCAAUCACUACUAUUUUUCUGCAACGACAAAAAUGCCUGGCUAAAUAUGAUGUUAUCAAUCUGGCUGAAUUCUUCCGUUCUAGUUAGAUGCUCAAUAUUCCCUGUUACCUGAACCAGUAUGUGUGAUUAUUCUUGAAUUAAAAAGGUUCAACCUUCUGAA